GAAAGGAUUUUGCGUCACAGGUGGGAGGGUAGUGUCUACGCGCGACAGAGUGAGUGAGUGAGUUUGCGCAGCAGAUCGGGAUCUAGAGCAGCCUUUAGACAGAGUGCGUCACAGGGGCCCAGAGUCGGAGCGAUACCGGACACACAGUCGAUCUCAGCGUCCAUCGCCCCGGGACACAGAGGCAAACUCGCAACCGUACCUACCCCAAGGCGGACAUGGUCAAGAUCGGAUUCAACUCGCCCGCCGCCCCGAAGGAUGGGAAAAGGGUUCUUUUGGUCCCCGAGCCGGAUCCGGAAGCUGCUGCAGUGGAUGGAGGAGAGAACUCCACAGGAAGAUGUUUAUUUACGCUUCUAGGUCUGGCUUUCAUACUAUCUGGAUUGAUAAUCGGAGGAGCCUGUCUGUAUCGAUUCAUUGUGCCAAAGAACAAAGUGUUCCAUGGUCGAAUGCAAUACUUGGAUUCUAAUAUCCUGUCAGGUGCCCCAGAAACAAAGGCUCCUUACUUCCUUGCUACAGAAGAUGUGCAGUUCUUAGGAGAUGGCGGGAAUGUGGCAAUGAUUGAUGUCCCAGUUCCAGAAUUUGAUGAUGCUGACCCAGCAGUCAUUAUUCAUGAUUUUGAAUUGAUCCUGACUGCUUAUCUUGAUCUGAAAUUGGAUAACUGUUAUGUGAUUGCAUUGAAUACUUCUGUUGUCAUGCCACCCCGCAACUUACUGGAGCUGUUCAUGAGGCUUGCGACAGGUGACUACUUGCCUCAGACCUACCUUGUUCAUGAAGAUCUGAUGGUGACUGAGCGCAUUGACAAUGUUGACCAACUGGGUUAUUUCAUCUACCGUCUCUGUUCAGGGAAAAAGACCUACAGAUUGCAGCAUAGAACUACACUGAAAGGCAUCCAGAAACGCUCAACAGAAAACUGUCACAGAAUCAAGCACUUUGCAAAUAACUUUGUCGUUGAUACCUUGAUUUGUGAACCAUAUGGAGUAUAAAUAAGAGGGAUGCUGUUUUUACCCAGCUGACUGUAGAAGCUUUCCACGUGCUGUCCACGUAACCUAUAAGUAAUGUGUGACAAUCAAAAGCCUUAUUAGCUUUGCUUUGCAGUCUGUAUUCCAGUGCAAAUACUGUUGCUUCACUAAAAGGCUUUCCAAAUGCGGCUUCUGUUUGCACUGUUUAUUCAAUAGAUUUAUCAACAUCUGUUCUUACAAAUUUGCAAUGUAGUUUUUAUUCUUGAUGUGUUCACACUGCUUAAAGGAAAUUAAGUAACAUACUGAUGUCAGGGAAUGGAAAGUCAAUUUAUCUUUAUGGCAAUGCCUUUCCUAAUGUACUUUUAAGGAUUGGCAUUUACCAGCUUAGCAAGAUUAGAACUUGUGCAGCUACUGUAUUGAGGUUAUCAAUUUUGUAAUGUAAACAUUUGAAAGUGUGAUCUACCUUGUUUUUGUGAUAUAUCAUGGAGUAGUUUGAUGUUUGCACAUAAUCGUAUAACAAUAUUGCAUAAUAGUGGAGAAUCCACUCAAAAAAAAAAUUCAGUGAUUUUAGAUACUUAUCAGCUGUGGUUAUUUCUAAUGUUUACAAUUUAAUAAGUAAAUUCUGUACCCUAAAUGUUUUUAGGGCUCCACUCUGGUUUCAUCUGAUUUGGCACAAAGAGAAAUUUGGAACAGAGUUCAAAUUUGAUAAUACCUGUCUAGUUUCUUCAGCAAAUUUAUUGAACAAGGGACUAUCUAAUGGCAUAUUUAAUGUCGUCUUCAGUAUUGUAACCUUUAUUAAAUGUCUUUUAAAAUUAUUGCAGCCUAUUGUUUUACUGUUCCAUGUUAACCAGAAAAAUUGGUGUAUCCAAAUGCAGUUGUGUUAGUUCUGUGAUGUGCACUGUAAAAUGCUAUCCCUUUGGAAUUGCACAGCAUAAGCACUGGAUGUAACUUUCAAGAGUGGAAAAACUUGUUCAUUAAAGUUCUGCCCCAGA